AUGUUGAGGACUUUUACCAGGUCUUUGUUGCUCAGGGGCCAAAAACCAGGGCUGGCAAGAAGAAGAUGCUAUGCCACCGCGAAAGUGGCAUUUGAUGUGCCGCUGGAAACCCACACAGAUGUGCAGAAAGCUCAUAAAGACCUUGCAGAGGCCAGAACCGAUUCUGCAGAAGUUGUAGAAUCGGGCACCACUGCGCUGAAACACGCAUACCAAGAAAACACCGGAUUUGGGACCAGACCCAUAUAUCUGGACAUGCAGGCAACGACUCCAACGGAUCCACGAGUGUUGGACACGAUGCUGAAAUUUUACACCGGUUUGUAUGGUAACCCACACUCAAACACGCACAGUUACGGAUGGGAAACCAACAAGGAGGUGGAAACGGCCAGAAAACACAUAGCAGACAUGAUCAACGCAGACGUGAAGGAAAUCAUCUUCACAUCUGGAGCGACAGAAUCGAACAACACAGCUUUGAAGGGAGUGGCCAGAUUUUACAGCAAAACGAAAAAGCACAUAAUCACAACGAGAACGGAGCAUAAGUGUGUUUUGGAGGCCGCCAGAGCCAUGAAAAAUGAGGGAUACGAUGUAACAUUUUUGAAUGUCAACGAGGACGGGCUCAUCGAUUUACAGCAACUAGAAGCUGCUAUUAGACCGGACACUUGCCUUGUGUCGGUAAUGGCUGUUAACAACGAAAUCGGUGUUAUGCAGCCCAUAGCAGAAAUCGGUGCUUUGUGCCGGAAGAAGAAGGUGUUUUUCCAUACGGAUGCCGCUCAGGCGUACGGCAAGAUCCCGCUAGACGUUAACAAGAUGAACAUCGAUUUGAUGUCAAUAUCCUCACAUAAGAUCUACGGCCCCAAAGGUAUGGGUGCAAUUUUUGUGAGAAGACGUCCUCGUGUCAGACUGGAGCCCAUUAUUUCCGGCGGUGGUCAAGAGAGGGGGUUGAGGUCGGGUACUUUGGCACCUUCCUUGGUGGCUGGAUUCGGAGAGGCUGCCAGACUCAUGAAGCAGGAGUUUGAAGCUGAUUCUGCGCAUAUUGAAAGACUUUCAGAAAAGCUAACAAAAGGUUUGCUAGCAAUCGAACAUACGUCUUUGAAUGGGUCCCCCGACCACCGCUACCCUGGCUGCGUUAAUGUGUCCUUUGCAUAUGUUGAAGGCGAGUCGCUUCUUAUGGCUCUCAGAGACAUCGCUUUGAGUUCGGGCUCUGCUUGUACUUCUGCCUCUUUGGAGCCAUCGUAUGUCCUUCAUGCGCUGGGAAAAGACGAUGCUUUGGCUCACUCUUCGAUCAGAUUUGGUAUUGGCAGAUUUACCACCGAUGAGGAGGUCGAAUAUGUGAUCAAGGCGAUUACAGAAAGAGUUGAAUUUUUGAGAGAGCUGUCACCACUUUGGGAAAUGGUCAAAGAAGGUAUCGAUCUCAAUUCCAUUGAGUGGUCAGGCCACUAA